CCCUGUGCCCGGCACCCCUGCCCCGAGCUCCCCGCUCCCGGGGCUCCUCCGUGCCGCGGGAUCCCGCCGUGACCCCGGCCGGGGGAGCGCGGUGUGGCCCUGCGCCUGCCGCGCCGUGUAAGAGGGGAAGGGGGAAGCGGUAGGAAAACCCCGUUCUUGCUAAAAUGCAGCUCGCUCUUUUCUUGUCCUGGUGCUGCUGCCUGCAUGGAUGCGCGCUGGGCACCGGCUUCCUCUAUCAAUUCCCAGCAUCAACCCUGCAGCACAACUACCCAGAGCAGAGCUCCGGCUCGCCGGGCAGCGGCUUCGCCAGUCGCCGGCACUGGUGUCACUACACAGUCACAAGGACGGUCUCCUGCCAGGUGCAGAACGGGUCAGAAACGGUGAUCCAGAGAGUUUAUCAGAGCUGCCGCUGGCCAGGACCUUGUGCCAACUUAGUGAGUUACAGGACUCUCAUCAGGCCCACGUACAAAAUGUCCUACAGAACUGUGACCACGCUGGAGUGGAGGUGCUGUCCUGGCUUCACAGGGAGCAACUGUGAGGAGGGUGAGUAA